AGUGUGUCCAAAGCUGAGAGUUGAAUCUGUUCUCCUUCCUCUGUUUCUCUCGCACUCUCGCGCUCUCACAUUGCUCCGCUUGCGUUUUUAUGCCUUCGAGGUGGGUUUCACAGUGACCCUAGUGAUAGAAUACGGUCGAGGAAGGUCGGGAGCGGUGUGAGUUUCGAAGCAUUUGUGCGGAAUCUGCGCAAUCGAGGUGUCAGGGACGAGUGCGCCCGGUGGAGUGGAGCAGCUUAGGGGGGCGACAUGAGUGUCCCUCCGGUAUCGUCCAAUGUGCACGGGCAGCUGGACGCACAGAUUGCUCAGCUCAUACAAUGCAAGCCUUUGCCCGAGCUUGAGGUUAGAGCAUUGUGCGAGAAGGCGAAGGAGAUCUUGAUGGAAGAGAACAAUGUUCAGCCUGUGAAGUGCCCUGUUACUAUAUGCGGAGACAUACACGGCCAGUUCCAUGAUCUUGCGGAGCUAUUUCGGAUCGGAGGAAUGUGCCCAGAUACCAACUACUUAUUCAUGGGCGAUUACGUUGACCGAGGUUACUACUCUGUCGAGACGGCUACACUUUUGGUGGCAUUGAAGGUUCGGCACCAAGACCGUAUAACCAUCUUGCGUGGAAACCAUGAGAGUCGGCAGAUUACUCAAGUGUACGGAUUCUAUGACGAGUGUCUUCGAAAGUAUGGAAAUGCCAACGUUUGGAAGAUUUUUACGGACCUUUUUGAUUAUUUUCCUUUGACUGCCCUGGUUGAGUCAGAGAUAUUUUGUUUGCAUGGAGGGUUGUCGCCAAGCAUAGAUUCAUUGGAUCACAUUCGUGACCUGGAUAGGGUGCAAGAAGUUCCACAUGAGGGUCCGAUGUGUGAUCUGUUAUGGUCCGACCCUGACGACCGUUGUGGAUGGGGCAUUUCACCUCGUGGUGCUGGCUACACUUUUGGUCAGGAUAUUUCGGAGCAGUUUAACCACAACAACAAUCUUAAGCUUGUUGCAAGGGCUCACCAACUAGUUAUGGAGGGUUACAAUUGGGGGCAUGAACAAAAGGUGGUCACUAUAUUCAGCGCACCUAAUUACUGCUAUCGCUGUGGUAAUAUGGCCGCUAUACUAGAAGUCCACGACAACAUGGCUCACACAUUUAUCCAGUUCGAACCAGCUCCAAGACGGGGUGAACCAGAUGUCACCCGGCGUACGCCCGACUACUUCUUAUGACACGACAUGUACGCGACUUGGUUGUUAAAGCAUGCGUGACCUAAUUUUUAGAAGUUUGUUCCAGCCUGUACUAGUGAUGAUCAAGGUUCUUUUCUGGUAGUUAGCGAGGUGCUGCCAAGCAUUGGCAGCCCCACUUGGUUGCGGGAAGCACGUUUUGUCAUAAAAGUGAUGUAAUUUCUAGGCUAUGAAAGUACAUGUAGGUAGUCACGUUGCGCUUGAUUCUUCAGUCUCCGUAGUGGGUUCAUACUCUUUGCCACUGCAGAGCUGCUCUUUAACGUUUGCUCCUUGUUUAAUUAUAAUUAAUUCUACCUUCAGACACUUUCAUUUUCAAUUUCA